AUGUUGGAUAUACCAGUUGAUGGUAAAGAUAGUUUUUACUCAGAUUAUUUUUUGGAUAUAAAGAUCGGCGAGGGCACAUUUUCAGACGUGUAUAAGUGCGUGGAAAAAAACUAUGGUCGUAAAAUGGCAGCCAAAAUUCUUAAGAAUGAUUAUGGACCCACAAUAGACGCUGAUACAUGGGCUUCUAUAAAUGAAGUAAACGUAGCUAAUAUCAUCGAGCGACAUCCUUUUUUAUUGAUAGUAGACAGCGCUUAUCAUGAUAUUGGCACUGGUCGCAUUGUGUUAGUUACCGAAUUAAUGAAAAACUCUCUGUAUGAUGUUAUUGAGUCUGGUGAAUGCCCAUUGACUGAUAACCGUAUUAAAAUAUACAUGUACCAAUUGUUGGAAGGCCUCAAGUACUUGCACGAAAAUAACAUCAUUCAUCGGGAUAUAAAACCGGAAAACAUAUUGCUAUGUCAUCGCGACUUAAAGAUUGGUGAUCUGGGUACAGCCGUAACGAUGAAAGAUGGCCAAAAGUACACCGAGUACGUUUCCACGAGAUGGUACAGAUCACCAGAAUGUUUAUUAACACGUGGACAUUAUGGUACAAAGAUGGACAUCUGGGCAGCUGGGUGUGUGCUUUAUGAAAUGGCCACUAGUAAACCACUUUUUGAUGGUUCUGACGAGUACGACCAAAUGGUGAGAAUUGAACAGAUAUUAGGAAAACCGGAUGUCCGAUUACUCGAGAAAUUUAAGCGACACCAGUCUCAUGUGUUCGUUAAACGAUAUAUUUGCGGUAAAGUAAUUUUUGGCGAUCGGAUCAAUUCCGGUACUGGUCUUCAGGCCGUAUUCCAACCUUAUCGACCUGGUUUUGAACUCAUCAAAGACAUGAUUGUUUACGAUCCGUCGAAACGGUCUACCGCCGAAAGAUUACUCAGAAAACCUUAUUUUUUCGAAAUGAAAAACACCCAGUACGAGUAUAAAGUAUUCGAGUUUGAAAGAAGAACAAACAAAACUUCGUCAUAUAAUUGUUUAUCGAGUGAAGAAGCUGAGAAGAAAGUACCAAUUAAACAGUGUAAAAUAGAUAACAAUGAGUGUAAACGACAAGGACCAAACGGAGACGUAAAAACUGAUAUUCAAUUGAAAAAAAGUGCACAUAAAGAUGAUGAACUUGUGUUAAAUGAUUUACACAAACGAAUGGCCGCUGUAAACUUGAACAGUGUAAAAAAAUCGGAAAAAUCACACACAUAUCUGCACAAGAUUAAAUCAUAUGAGUUGCCAAACAAGCAAAUAAUGUUGACCAAAAUAAACCAAGAAAUACUAAUAAAACGAAAAAAUGUAGUUCCAAAAAAUUUUCGCCCACCAUUCAAAUGA